AUGGGUUCAGAUCCUCAACACGCCAAGUGGCCGCUGCUGCCGCUCUCGCAGCACGUCUUCACUCUCACAAACGCCUAUGCCUCGAAGCAGUCGCAGCAGGUUGCCCUCAAGGCCCUCCAGGAUGCCAUCACCGAGGACAAGAUGGCGCCUUUCUACCGCUACCUGGCGCACCCUAUCGACGGCGUUCUCAACCAAGUCGGCGAGGGUGGUCCCACGGGCCCCGGCAAGCCGCUUAGCCGCAAGUCUUCCCUCGUCGGCAUGAUCGCCACCAGAGCCGCACACAGCGUCCACCUGCCCUGGGACGAGGCCCUGUACGCGCGCUUAAAGGAGGACAACGACAAGGAGCUGGCGCAGUUCCAGAAGGAGGAGGAUGAGGCUGAAGAGCAGGCUGGCGAGACGGAAGUCAUGGCUGCUCAGGGCAAACGCGCCGACUUUUGGGCUCGCGUGGGUGACAAGGAGAAAGCAAUCACAGCAUACGAAGACGUUUUCGAAAAGACGGGCAUCCUCGGCAGCAAAAUCGACCUCGUUCUGGCUAUAAUACGCAUGGGCUUGUUCUACGGUGAUAAGCAGCUUGUCAAAAAGUACAUUGAGCGCGCAAAGGGUCUCGUCGAGACUGGCGGUGACUGGGACCGCCGAAACCGCCUCAAGGCCUACGAAGGCCUUCACCUCAUUACCCUCCGUUCCCAUACCGCUGCCGCCCCUCUCCUCCUCGACUCGCUGUCGACAUUUACCAGCUACGAGCUCUGCACCUACUCCAACCUUGUUGUCUACUCUGUGCUGGCAGGAUCAGUCUCGCUGAAGCGCGUCGACUUCAAGUCCAAGGUCGUCGAUGCCCCCGAAAUCAAAGCCAUCCUGGGCGACGGUGAAGACAAGCUGCUCGCGCUGAGCGGUGCGCUGAGCGCCGGCCCCGGCGCCGACGAUACUCCCGGCACAAACACUCCCAAGGGCCCGAAGGCGGCCGUCAACCUGACUACCCUUGGCUCCAGCACAGAGCAGCCGGAGGCUGAGGAGGCCAUUGACUUUUCGCCGCUGGCGCUCCUCGUCAGCAGCUUGUACAACGGCAACUACAAGACUUUUUUCCAGUCGCUUGCCUCUGUGGAGGAGCAAUUCCUUAACCAGGAUCGCUACUUGCACGAGCACAAGACGUGGUUCAUCCGCGAGAUGCGCCUCCGCGCGUACCAGCAGCUUCUUCAGAGCUACCGCGUCGUCGGCCUCGACAGCAUGGCUAACGACUUUGGCGUCACGGUAGACUUCCUGGACCGUGACCUCGCCCGCUUCAUCGCGGCCGGCCGCAUCCCCUGCACAAUUGAUCGCGUGACCGGCAAGGGCGUCAUCGAGACGAACCGACCGGACGAUAAGAACAAGCAGUACCAGGACGUUGUCCGACAGGGCGACCAGCUGAUCACAAAACUGCAAAAGUACGGGCAGGCUGUUAGACUUCGUGGAAGCGAGAGGGCAUAG